UGCAGGGGGGCUGGAGCUGGCAAAGGUGGUCGCCCCAGCCCCAAAGCGCACCUAGAGCAGCUUCAACGGGCUUAGCUGGCCUGGCCCCUGAAGAGCCGCACUCUGGGCACCCCGCGGCUCUUGUCACGGGGGGGCAAAGCUGGCCUCAGGGAGGGUCCAACACAGGCCAGUUUCCCCUGAGGAACUCAGGAACUGCACCCACACCACUGGCAACCAGAAAUUCAGGAGGACGCCAGCUUCCAGAGCACAGUGCCCGUACCCGGCGAAGAGACGCGGCCACUUCUCCCGAGAGCCUCUCUCGGCUCCUUCCCCUUCAGAGGCCUCACGAGACCAUCCCUUUAAUGACCCCAGCUGAAAUUUUGUCCAGGGUCGACUUAACAAGGGCACCACCUCAAUGCCCAGAACACACUUUUCUAAAAACCAGGACAAUUUCCACCUGCCUCCGGCCCGUGGCCCCUUUCUUCCCCAAUGCCGCUGGCUUGGAGAUGGACGGUCCCUCCACCAACCGUGCCUCCUCUUCCACGGCUUCCCAUGAGGCCCCCACAGCAGGGCCCCCAACAUGCUGGACACCUUCCCUGCUUUCUCCCAACAUCACCCGUGCACCCUGGCUGUCCACCCGGCACUCUGCCAUUCCUGCUCAGAACUGGACUCUCUCCUCUCUCUGGGGAUGCCCCUGGGACUCCUUCAGCUCUGGCCCCCUGGGCGGCCACCUCAGUCCCUGAUUGGCGCCACAGGCCUGGACUCUCCCUCUCCUCUCUCCAUCUCUUUUCAUCCCUCUUUCUACCUCUCCUCUCCUCUCCCUUUCCUCUCCCCAUCUCCCCACUCAGACUUUCAGGAAUGUCCCUAUUCCCUGUUACCCCCGCCAUGGUCCUCACAGCUCAGGAUCUGAGAUGUGAGCUCCAGAAAUGCCCAUGUGGAAGAGGCAGCCAGAGCCCUCUGCCCAGCAAACGCCCCUGGAUUCAGGAGAAGAGGUCAGCUCCAGUCAAUGAGGAUGGCUUGCUGCCAGAAUGGGACAGCCUGCCUCUGUGCAGGGAGCCGAAGGCUCGUUUCUCCUUUGGUGUGUUUCAGGGGAAGGUCAUUUUGGCUGUUGAACGAGGGAACAGACCAGAGACAAGGAGAGCCACCAGCAGGCAGCCUGGACCACAGGGGGAAGUGGAGCCGUCAUCUUCUCUGCUUCCCAGCCCCAAGAUCCAGCUCAACACCCAGAUUCAACCAUUUGCUCAAUCUUGUCAUUUCCACCUCCAGAGCAUCUCACAUUUCAGUGCUGGAAUGGAAGUCAGGAAGACCUGGAUUCAAAUCCCCCUUAAGACACUUGUUAGCUGUGUGACUUUGGCCAAAUAACAUCUGUCUGUGCCUCAGUUUCCUUGUCUGUACAAUGAAGGCGUUGGCUAUGGCUAUGAUCCCUUGAUCCCUUCUCUUCAGCCAGUCGGUGAUACAGGACAUGCUCAGGAGAGAGCUAGAUCUAUCGAUGCUUAGAAAGGAUAACAGAAGCCUAUGGGAGCUGAUGCAGUAGAUCUUCCAGAGGCAGAGGGUUGAAGGAGAAGACAAGGUGACAUGGGACACAGAGCCCAUGGUGACACCUGCAGUUAGUGAACGUGACCUGGAGGAAGGUCUUCAGUCUUCUGAGGCCCAAGGCUGGAAGUGACCAGAGUAAGAUCCAACCACCAUGAAGAGGCAGGGCUGGGCUACACACACACAACCCGCCUGACCCCAGGGUGGCCAAGACUUCCCUCCCUAACUACCCAGCACUGACUCUGAAUGCAGGCUCCCAAUACCUACAUC